CAGCUGAUUACAAACAACUGACUAUUGAGAAUUGAGAGUAGAUUGUGGAGAGUGAAUCAUAUGUUCAAUUCGGUUGUUCUUGACAUAACAUUUUGCGUUUAUAGUGAUGAGUAUAUUGGCUAUGCAUUCCGUGAAGUAAUAUUUAUUCAAGUAAAAGAUUUAGUAGUGUCUUACAUACUUGCGGUAUUAAAUUUGAAAAACAGUAUAUUUAAAAUAUUGUUCUUUUAUUCUAGUUGAGAAAUAUAUACUAAAGUAAUAAUGUCAGUUCAGCUACCACCCUGUCCUGCUUCUUUGAGGCCUAUACAACACUAUUUGAAAACUGCCUCAGAACAUGAUGGAAGAGAUUCAGUUAUUAGCUAUUGGUGUCGAGUCUAUGCACUGCAAUGUGCAUUGAAGAUAGACAAGAAAUCAGAUGAGGCGAGACUCAUGUUGGUGGCACUGAUGGAUUGGUUAGAGAAAGAGAAGAAGAAACUCUCAGAUAAUGAGGCAAUAACAAAUGAUAUUGCAGCACAAGCUCACAUCGAGAACUACGCUCUGAAAUUAUUUUUGUGGGCAGAUGGACAGGACAGAGCAGGCCAGUUUAACAAAAAUGUUGUAAAAGCAUUCUACACAGCAGGGUUUCUAAUGGAUGUUCUGAGUACAUUUGGUGAGCAGACAGAUGAGAUUCAACAGAAUUGCAAGUAUGCCAAGUGGAAGGCUGCAUACAUCCAUAACUGUCUGAGGAAUGGAGAGAUACCGGUCCCAGGCCCGGUCGGAGGGGACGAAGGAGGGGUAGCUCCUGGCUCCUCCGCAUCACAACCCAAUAUCGGUUUUGAAGACUACCACCAUUCUGGACCUACCCCAUCAGAUUCAUCACAUUCUGACCCCUCUUCGAAUUUUCAGUUCCCCACUCCUCCAAGUGUACCAUCCUCAGCCAAUUUCCCGACUCCUCCAGGUGCGCCAUCCUCAGUCAAUUUCCCGACUCCUCCAGGUGUGCCAUCAACAGGCAAUUUCCCCAAUCCUCCUAGUGGUCCGAACUCAUUUACAAACCUGCCCACACCUGCCUCUAGACCUGCGCCUUCACCCAGUCCGUCACCCGUCCCAUCUACGACUACGGUUUACAACCCUGCCACUGACAGUGUGUACAACCCCUCAAUAA